AUGGCAGAAGGAUCAAAGGUAUUCAAGAAGACCAGCCCCAACGGGAAGCUGUCCAUCUACCUGGGGAAGAGGGACUUUGUGGACCACGUGGAGUCGGUGGAUGCCGUGGAUGGCGUCUGCCUCAUUGACCCGGAGUACCUAAAGGACAGAAAAGCACAGCUUGUCUUUCUUUCCUCCUUUCCCAACCUUUCCCCUGCGCCUUUCCCUCCUCGCUCCCCUCCAUUCUCACCCACGCUGGCCCCAGUCUAUGUGACACUCACAUGCGCCUUUCGCUACGGCCGAGAUGACCUGGAUGUCAUUGGGCUGACCUUCAGGAAGGACCUCUACGUCCUGACCACGCAGAUCUUCCCACCGGUGCCUGAGCAGGUGCCCAAAACCCUCACCCCUCUGCAGGAGAAGCUGCUGAAGAAGCUCGGUGAGAACGCCUACCCCUUCACCUUUGAGAUUGCAACCAACUUGCCCUGCUCGGUCACCCUCCAGCCGGGACCAGAUGAUGUGGGAAAGGCCUGCGGCGUGGACUUCGAGGUCAAAGGGUUUUGUGCUGAAAACCUGGAGGAGAAGAUUCACAAGCGGAACUCAGUGCGCCUCGUCAUCCGCAAGAUCCAGUUUGCACCUUUGAAGACAGGCCCAGGGCCCAAGUCAGAGACCACCCGGCAGUUCAUGAUGUCUGACAAGCCCCUGCACCUCGAGGCCACCCUGGAAAAGGAGAUCUACUACCAUGGAGAACCCAUCAACGUGACUGUCAAUAUCAACAACACUACCAACAAGAUCGUGAAAAAAAUUAAGAUUGCAGUUGAUCAGAUCACAGAUGUGGUUCUCUAUUCACUGGACAAAUAUUCAAAGACUGUGUGCAUGGAGGAGAUCAAUGAGACUGUGGCAGCCAAUUCCACCUUCUCCAAAACGUACUCUGUCACCCCCACGCUCUCAGCCAACCGGGAGAAGCGAGGCCUGGCUCUUGACGGCAAGCUCAAGCACGAGGACACCAACCUGGCCUCCACCACCAUCCUGAGACCUGGCAUGGACAAGGAGGUGCUGGGGAUCCUGGUGUCCUAUAAAGUGAAGGUCAACCUGGUUGUGUCCCGAGGAGGCAUCCUGGGGGAUCUCACUUCCAGUGAUGUCGGUGUUGAGCUGCCUGUCAUCCUGAUGCACCCGAAGCCUGUGGAUGAUAAACCAAGGAGCGAGGAGGACAUCGUCAUCGAGGAGUUCGCUCGCCAGAAGCUCAAGGGAGAAAAAGACGAUGAAGACGAGAAGGAGGAAGGCGAGAAGGAGGAGAGCUGAGCUGCCUGCAGACGGAGGCACGGGGGGCUGUUCCCCCAUAGCCCCC